UUGCACUUGACAGUUGACAGUUUGGUGGCAUUGCGGAGUCGGUUUGAGAUUUUUAUUUCAUUGAUGACUUUUUGCCACUAUUUAUUUUCAUCCUUGCAGUACCUAAUAGUGCUAAAUUAAGCGAAACACAUUAUUAAGAUAAAUUUCACAAAAAUAAUAUAAGUAAUACACUGAUUUUGAAAUGUCGAAGAAACAUAAAUUGCCUGUAGAACCAGCACAUGAUGAUACUAUACAGUGUUUGUUUUUCUCACCUAAACUUGGUCCGGAUUCGUUAUCAUGGGAUGAAUUGUGUUUGGAACUAAACAAUCUUAUUAAAAAUCUAACCCAGGACUACAUAUGGCAUCGAGAUGAGUUUAUAGUUUACGCUCCUAUUAAUCAAGACUCUAAUUCAGAUUUGCCUCAUCAUCUUUGCAGUACUACUUGUUUUGGUGAUAAUCUAGAAGACGAGUGGUUCAUUGUCCAUGUUUUAUUAGAAAUCUCAAAGCAAUAUAAAGAAUUGAUCAUUCAAGUAAAAGACAAUGAUGGUGAUUUCCUUCUAAUAGAGUCUGCCAACUUCUUGCAAUCCUGGGCAAAUCCAGAAAGUACUGAAAACCGAGUUUUUAUUCACAAUCAUCAUAUUCAUAUAAUACAACCCGAAGUAGCUACUUUAGAGAAUAAGUUGGAAUUACAAGAAGCUUUGAAAAUUAUUUCUGAAACACCACAUUUAACAAAGUCGUCUAGAGAAAUUCAACAAGCUAUUUUGAACCGUAUAGGAAGCUAUCCUGAAAAAUUGUAUGAACAUCUGCACAAAGCUGUUGUACACAUACCUUCUGACCUGGCUACUCUGUUGAAAAUGAAACCUUCUCUUAUAGCACCUAUUGUUGAUGCAUACUGCAACCAUGACAUUAUUGAUGCCAAGUAUUGUAAAAAGAUUGAUUAUAAUGACUGUGUUACAGUUGAAAUUACAUUCACCAAAUUCUUAUAUGCCAUGUUAUUGCAUUCUAAGCUUAUCAAUCAUGCUAAGCAAUACAUACAAACUGACAAUGAUAAGAAAAAAGUUCUUGGUCUUAAGUUAACAUUAGGGUUUCAGAUUAUUAUGAGUAGAGCCACAGACAACAUGUUUUUAUCCAAGGAAUACGACAGAUUUCUUAAUAACUUAAAGCAAAAUGGAUACUUCAAAAAUAAUAUUGAAGGUUCAAAAGAGUAUAAUAAUUUGAUAGAAAAGGCGCAACACUAUUUUUCUACAGUGGAAUGUCCUGUGAGUUCAAAUGUGUCUCACAAAAUUUCGAAACUUUUGGCAUCAGACGAUUUUAUUGUGGUAAAAAAUUCAAUAAAGAACUGUCCAGUGGAACAUCUUGACCAUGGUGGAGACAAUGAAGACUGGUUAAAUGUACAUCCAGAACAGUUAAAUGAGUUAUUGCAAAACCGUUAUGGAAAUAAAUCAAACCUAAAAAAUGAUGAUGUUUUAACAUCCCAGAGAAUAACUAAAGAGUUGUCAUCAUUUUUGAACAAAACUUCAGAUUAUGAAGGAAUUGAAUCCACUCGCAAUGAAGACUCUGAACAGGAAAUUGUCUUUGAAUCAGACCAAUUUGUAUCAUGUAUAGAAAAAAUGUUAAAUUUAUUAAGCACAGGCGAAAAAGGUGGAAGUGAUACGGAAGACAGUGACGAUGAUUUCGAUAUAAUGUACAACAACGAAGAUAAUGGUAUUGAUGAAGACGAUGAUGAUGAUGAUUGCGAUGUAGAACUUCAAACCAAGUUAGAAAACAAUUCUGAAAACCUUAAAGACAACACGACAAUACUGCGAAAUAUUAUUCAAAGCAUGAAAGAGGAAAAGGCAUCCACAGGACCAACAAGUAACCUAAUGAGUGUUCUAGGGGUAAGCAAAUCUGAGUUAUUAGACUCCGAUGAUGAAUAAAUCUGAGAAUUUGCCAGCUCGUAAUGCGAUAUAUCGAUAUGCAGGCAUAGUGAAUGGAUAAUACAAAAAAUAAAAACAGAUUUUAUAAAAA